UUUCCUUAAUUUGACAAUGACAACAUUGACAACAGUAUUUGGCGGAAUCAAGAAUGUCAUACUCGUAGUCAAUUUGUGCAAUCUAAAAUAAAAAUAGUUAAUAAUUAGUUAACCGUUAAUUAAAUAUAUUAAAAAUGCAACUGGUUACUAAAGUGUAUCUUUAUCGUAGCCCUUACACAAUUUGUUAUAUUUCACAGGACCGUUUACUAUUACCUGAUGAAUAUAGUUCCAAAUCUAUCGGUGUUAAAGUGAAUACCAGUGAUUUUAACUUAGAUGAUACCGAAAUUAAAAAUGACAAUACGAAAGAAUUAAACAAGAAAAAUUUAAAAUUAAGUACAACAGCUCUAUUUUUACAGCCUUUUCUCAAAGAGUGCUUAAAUUCUGAAGUGUAUAGAACGAAUGUUUUGAGAAAUUUAAAAAAAUUGAGUAGUCAUCCUAACAGUGGGACAUUAUUUUUAAAAUUAAUUCUAGAACCACCGGAUAAAGAAGUGAUCGAUUAUGCGUGGAAUUAUAGAAUGUCAUUGUUAAUAUGGACGAGAGUUGAAGUAGAAAAUGCAUUUUCGUGGUUAUCAACACUUGGUGGAGCUUAUUCAGCACUAGGAGACUAUUUUGAGCACUGUGCCGAAGAAGCAGGUAAAAUAUCGAUGCGUCAGUAUGCUUUGUCUAAAAUGCUAGGUGAUGAUAGUCUAGCGGCGAGGAGUAAAUUGUACUCUGCAAUAGCAUAUGCACAGAAGGGUAAAUUGAAACUAGCAAAGUAUUUAGUUAAAAAUAUAGCAAAAUACGCAAGAGAGAGUAAUGAUAGACGUCUCAACAGGAUGUGUCAAGGUGUAUGGGUUAAGUUAAAGUACUUACAAGGCAAAGCAAAGAAAGACAAUUGUGUUCAUAGGGCAAGUUCCAAGUGAAUGUAUAGUGAUUUAAAUCUUCUUGAAGCUUAUUUUAUCACAAAAGAAUUGUUAUAAUUCAUGUUGAAUUUUUGUAAAAUUACUAUAAGUAAUAAUAAAUAUCAAAAAGUAAAAAGCAAUAUUUAUAUA